CCAUUCCCCACACGCCCAGCGCCAGUCAACGGCGCGAUUCUCCCGCGCGCCACUCAUGGCAGUCGCCGCGCCUCUCAGCGCCCGCCUCGCUGCGGGCAGCGCGCGGGGCCACUCGCCAGCCGUGCCGCGCGUCGCCGUCUCCGCGUGCCCCGGCGGCACCCCCUCCAGCCCCCUCCUCUCAUCCACCCCUCUCCUCUCGCGCCGCUCGCACGCUUGUACCGCCGCUGCCCGCGCGCUCCCCGCUGCCGCGCCCCUCAUCCGCUGCGCGCUUCCCGCGGCAGUGCGGGACGAAGAAGCCGCACGGCUGCGUGAGACGAACGCGCGGAGGUGCGAGAGCGAGAGUAGCGUGCGUGCUGCCGUGGCCUCUCGAGUCUCACACGCAGCACGCGGGUGUGACGAGGGGGGCGUUGGGGGCCAUGGAGGCGAGCGAUUGUCGGUCGCCCCUCUCCUUCCCCUCGCAUCCGUCGCCGCCCUCCUCUCCGUCGCCCUUCCCCCCUCCGCGCUCGCCCUCACCCCCUCAGCCUUGACGCCUUCCGCCAUCGCCGCAUCCCUGCUGCCGCCUUUGCCUACCCCGCUCGCCCUGCCCCUCUCCGCGCUGCCCCUGGCGGCGCUGGACCUCGCCGCGUGGGGGGACGCGCUGGACGACGUGCUCUUCGCGGCGGCGCACGUGUCGGACCGCCUCGUGUCGCUGCAGCUCGCGGCGCUGUCGCCCGCCAGCGUCGCCGUGCUGUUCUUGGCGGGCGUGGCGACGUCGCUCACGCCGUGCACGCUGUCCGUGCUGCCGCUCACCGUCGGCUACAUCGCCGGCUUCCAGCAGGCCAAGCCGCGCGCCCUCGUCGCCGCUGACGCCGCCUGCUUCGCGCUGGGGCUCGCCGCCACGCGGGCGGGCAUGGGCGUGGCGGCGGCGCUCGCCGGCCGCGCGUACGGGCAGACGCUGGGGGGCGCGGCCGGGGGGGAGGGGGGGUGGCGGGGGUGCUGCCGGUGGUGGCGGGGGGGGUGGCGGUGGCGAUGGGACUCAAUCUGCUGGGGCUGCUGCCUCUGCGCCUGCCGUCCGCGUUUGGCGGGUUUGACGCGAAGCAGGCGGCGGCGCGGCUGCCCAGCGCCGUGCAGAUGUUCCUGGCGGGGGCCGCCUUUGCCUUCGUGGCGUCGCCCUGCGCCACGCCUGUGCUCGCGUCGCUGCUGGCGUAUGUGGCGUCCACCGGGGACGCGGUGCUGGGGGGCGGGCUGCUGCUGGUGUACUCGCUGGGCUUCAUGUCGCCCCUCAUGCUGGCCGCCGCAUUCACGGGCGCGCUCAAGCGCCUGCUGGCGCUGCGGCAGCACGCGCUGUGGAUCAACCCCGCCAGCGGCGCGCUGCUGCUGGGCUCGGGCACCUACGCCCUGCUGGACCACUCCUUCCCCGACACGGCCGCGCUGCCCUUCAUAGCGCUCUGACCUCACCAUCGUGCUCGCUGCUCACACAUACAUGCCCCGUCAACCCCCAGUGAAACGUGCCUGGCUGUCACGUGUAUAUACCAAUUGCUUUGCAUUGCAGAUGACAGCUCCGCUGCGUUAUUUACACACCCCGGUAUGGCAACAGUGUGUGCAAGGGGUGCAAAAGGGUGGAUGUGGCCAUGACACGCUUCUGUGACAGCAGCCUGGAGAACAAGGUGCAUCUACUGAUGCAGGUGGAACAAAGAACGCGGCGGGUGGCGAGUGCCUCAGUGGCAAGGACUGUUUCCAUGCGCUGGUAGGCAUUUCAUUUAUGGUAGCUGCGGUCUGAGAGAGCAUCCAAUGAGAGUGCACUAGAGCACUGCGCUGCUGGUAAUUCAACACAA